AUGGUCGACACGUCUGAUUGGCAGGAACGAGUAAAAUGGGAAGAGCCGGCGACAUUAGCACCAGAAGCACCGCUACCCCAAUUGAAGGUAGACCACGGUUAUCGCUUCUUUGUAUUAGAUCACGAAGAUGUCAUUGCUGCAGCUGAAAAGAGAUUCAAGGAGUUGGACGUUGCAGACCCCUGGUGCGUUGUCGAUAUCUACGUUACGAACGCUAGUGAGGCCUGUAAGUGGGCUACAUAG